AUGGCCACCGACUACAGCUCAUUGAAGGUGCCCGAGCUCAAGAAGCUUCUCCAGGAGAGGAGCCUUCCCGCCACGGGCAACAAGCUUGACCUGGUCAACCGCCUUAAGGAGAACGACAAGGCAUCUGCCCCCGCGCCAGCCGCAGAGGAGGACGAGAUCGACUAUAGCGACGACGAGCCCGCCGCGCCUGCCAAGGCCGCCGAAGCAUCCAAGCCGGUCGAGGAGGCUGCACCUGCCGCUGAAACAGCCGCAGCCCCAGCUCCCGCCGCGGAGCCCGCUGCGCCAGCAACCACCGAGGCCGCUCCCGAGGCUGCGCCUGCCGCUGCCGAGACGACCACCGAAGAGAAGCCUGAGGAGGCCGCCGCGCCCAAGGAGAACUUCGCCCUCAACCUCGGUGCGACCGACGCCUCAGAAGAAGCUCGCAAGCGCGCCGAGCGUGCCAAGCGCUUCGGCAUCGUCGAGGAGGACGACGACGCCAAGAAGAAGGCUGAACGCGCGAAGCGCUUCGGCGCCGAUGCCGACGCCGCCAACACUUCCGCCCUCGACUCGGCCCUUCCCGAGAGACGCCCCAAGCGCGGCCGUCCCGAGCGUAGCGACGAGCAGCCCGGCCGUGACUCCAAGCGCCAGAGCACCGACGGCCGUGGACGCCGCGGCGGCAGGGGCAACAGACAAGGUCGCCAGGGCGGCGGUCGUCAAGGUGGCGGCGGCGUCGAGAAGCAGCGCAGUGCUGCGGUCGACCCGGCCGAGAAGGCCAGGAUGGAGGCUAGAGCCAAGCGCUUUGCUGCCUAG